AUGUCACCAACUAAGACCUCAACCUCAGCCGACACCCCCAUCCCAUCCAUUGAGUCUGACUCUUGGGUCCGAGACUCAUCAGAAGAGACAGAAUCUUCGGUCAGGCGCUUGAGGACUCCAUCUGUAUCCAUAUCCCCUCCGCCUGAUGCCUCAUCAAGUGGGGUUCGUUCAGGGAGCCUGGGGCUGGAAUCACAGAUGCAAACCAUGCGGCUCGCAAGUGAAGACCAGAGGGGCCUCAGCGCUGGCCUCGCAGACCUACUUCACGCUGUGAAUGCCGUCGAGCGUGAGCCUACUCAGCCCGUUGCAACAACCCCAGCUUCACGUCGGGAUCCGAGCACACCUCGACGAGCCAGACGCCGCUCCGGGCGAUCGCCAUCUGCAUCCUAUAGUACACGCCACGAUGUCCAUGACGAACCUCUUCCCGAAGAUCUAUUCCAUUCGCCAGCCUUUCAGCAGGGUUUGCGUGACGCAAAGAGACUCAUGGCCGACCUCAAGACUGUGCUCGAUGAUGCGCCAUUGCUUCACGAUCACGAAUCGACAAUUUCCAAGCUUCAUGAAGAGGCUGUCAAACUAUCGUCGUUUGAAUAUCCCACCAGUCGAAGAAUCGGCUUUGUUGGUGACUCUGGCGUCGGAAAAAGUAGCUUGUUGAACUCCCUUCUUGAUUAUAAAGAUCUCGCUAGAGCUAGCAAUAGCGGGGAGGCUUGCACAUGUGUUGUGACCGAAUAUCAUUAUCACGAGUAUGACCACAUGGAUGUCCAGGUGGAGUUAUUCAGCACUCAAGAGCUUAAUGAGCAGCUAGAGCGAAUGCUCGAGGACUUUCGUCACUACUCUUUCCACGCUGACGAAAUGACAAUAGCCGAGGAAAAGAAAGCGGCAAAAGAUAGGGCUAAUGUUGCCAAAGAUACUUUCAAAGCAAUGUUCCGAGGCCGGAUGAACAACGACUCAUUUCUCCUUCAAGGAUCUCAACGUGAGGUACUGCAAACAUUAGUCCGCUGGGCCGAGGAGCAGAGGCCGUCACAGGCAGUGACAUCCCAACGUAACCUCAGUCUCGAGCAAUGCUCGGACGCAUUGUUCGUCCUGUCCUCAGAACGGUUAUCUCGAAGCGGACCCGCCAUCUGGCCGUUCAUCAAGACAAUAAAGGUCUUUUUAAAUGCCCAUGCCCUCAAACAAGGUCUCGUUCUUGUCGACCUCCCAGGGCUGCGUGAUUUAAAUUCGGCACGAAGAUGCAUAACUGAGCGAUACAUCCUUGAAUGCAAUGAAAUAUUUGUGAUUUGCAAUAUCGGUCGAGCUGUGACCGAUGAGGGGGUUCUUCACGUGUUCAACCUCGCCCAGCGGGCACGGCUGAGGAAUGUAGGCAUUGUAUGCACUCGUUCUGAGGAUAUCGUCCCGAGUGAAGCCUUGAGGGACUGGGAUGGCGCGCGGCAAGCACGUAUCAAAUCUCUCGUAGCUGCCAUUGAUGAAGAUACACAAGACCAUCGAGAAUUGGAGGCCGAGAUUCUGGAUUUAGAUGAGCGUGAGGAUGAAGGCGACCUUUCUGAUGUCGACAGAGAAGAAAGAAGCUUACUGGAGAGGAGUAAACGACAACUCGAGAAAAGGAUAGAGGAUGGAAAAUUUGAGCUCGACCAAUUUCUGGUUUCCACGCGCAAUGAGUUUGUAAUCAACAAGCUCUCCCAGAAGUAUGCCCACCGUGUCGAUGGCCUUCUCCGAGUCUUCUGUGUUAGCAACAAACUCUACAACGAUAAAAGGAACAAAUCAAAGGAACGCUCGCUUCCCUACCUCAAGUUGAGCGGUAUAAUCGAUCUACGGAAGCAUUGCAUCUCAAUUGUAGCACAAGCCCAACGUCGCGUUGUCGAGCAGUUCAUCAAUGACAAGAUUCCAGCGUUGCUUUCCAAGAUCCAACUCUGGGUUCAGUCGGGGGCUAGGACGGCAGAUCAAGAGCGUCGUAUUGCUACUAUUGCAGCAUUGGACAAUAUUGAGCGUGAGUUGAGGAGGAAUUUGCGAAGGCACAGUCGCCCGGGACAGACAAUGCAACGAGAUUUCAAUACCAUAGUACUCGGAAGAAUCCAGUUGCUUAGCUGGACCCAGUCUGCUGCAAACAGAAGCCUUGACAGAAAUGGAUGGCACCAUAGCUCAUAUAGUGCCUUUGUUAGCAACUUUGGUAAUCAUUCUACACCAAAGGCAGGAACUCACGAUUGGAACUUAGAGGCCAUGGAGAAGAUGGUAGAAGAUUUGAGGACACCGUGGGAGUCACUAGCUUCAACGCUAUAUGAGCGCCAGUCCGAACUUACACAAGCUAUCGAAACGAUAACCGAGACCAUUCAAGAUGGCCUAGAAAAUGAACUGGACGACAACGAUGAAAGCACGAGCGUACUACUUGAAGCCCUAGAAGCCCAGACACGGCUCCUUCAAAGAUCGAUGGAAGUCUGCUUUGAAAAUCUUACUGAUAAGUUUCUAUUGCUACACACCGACACCUUCUCCGGCAUCCGAACUUCGUUGUUUGGAAAAGAGAUGGAGCCGACAUAUCGGCUCUGUAACCAGGAAUACGGCACCGGAAGCGACCGACGGCGGAAAACAAUUAUGAACGGAGGCUUUUCUAAUCAAGUUCUUUUCAGAAAUGUGAUGAAAGCCUCCAAGGAAGUAUUCGAAACCAUUACGGACGAUUUGCAGAGUGAAUGGAUAAAUGCACAGAAUGACUAUCUCAAGCUGGUGGAGGAUAUCUUAGACCUCGUUAGGUCAGAGAAGGCUGUCCGGGAGAGCGAGCAGGAUCCAGGCUUCAGAGACCGCGUGGAUGAUACGAUUAGGCGAGGUAAUGAUGAUAUUCGGCGGAUACAAGACGCAGUUCGCGAAUGA